UCGAGAGUUUUGGUCAGAGACGCCACUUGUCCGACAUUUUCUUUCGGUUAUUACCGAAUAAAUAGUAUGUUUUAAAACGGCAUUUAAUUUAAGCAAUUGUUAUAACAAAUAAACAAAGCCAUUUGUUACGUACUGUUUAUUUCGUAUCAAUUACGGCUACAGACAUUUAAAUCAUCUACCAACUUGAAACCUGUAUCAUUGACUGUAACUAUGAGUCAUGGAUACAACAAAUACAGUAUGAGUUCCAGAGGAAGAGGAUUCAAUUCACGUGGCGGUGGUGGUACUUACAGAGGACGAGGUGGAAGUAACUGGGAAACAAGUAGUAACGGUAGCAACAUGAGUCGAGGUGGUUAUGGUUCGUCACGUGGCGGUAGAUUUAAUAAACACUCUUCUACAAGUUAUGACUCGCGUCAUAAAUAUAACUCAAGCGGAUCUUCUGAUCGUUAUUCCAGCAGAGGUGGUAGAGGUGAUCACUCUAAUAGUUAUAAACGUCCACGUCAAGAAUCAUAUUCAAAUCGGGAUGAUCGUAGGUCAUCGAGCGAUCGCAAACGUGUGAGAAACGAUUCUUAUCAGCAGGGUGAAGGCAGCAGUGGCUCGCAGAGGUAUCCCUCAACCUAUGGCGGUUCAUCAAGUACAUCUGCUUAUAACGAGAAUAAGAGAUCAUCAUCGUCAACUGGUUAUGAUGAUAAAAGGCAGAGUGAACGAGCAUCAUCUUAUCAUCGUUCAGAAGAACGUCAUUCAUCCACAUCAAGGAAUUAUGCAGCACCACCACCACCACGUAUUAGUGAUAUGGCACCACCAUCACAGCGUUACAACAGCAACAGUUCUAAUCGUGGUGGUGGACGUUUAUCACGUCAAAGUAGUAAUUAUCGUGGACGUGGUAUUUCAACACGUGCAAGAGGUAGUAAUUUUCGAGUUGGGAGUUCACGUACGGAACUAUUAUUGAGCCGUAAACGUGCACUCACUUCAACUCUUGAUUAUCGUCGUAAGCUGCUCAGUUCGCGUUCACGCGACUACAUUCAACGGGUACGAUUGGCCUCAACUAAAAUACGCAGGAGCGGUACUAGGAUAUCCGGAAGUAAAAAGGAGUCAGGUACGGGAUCCAGUUUAAAGGACAAGGAUAGAGUCGACAAGGCACUUAAUGAUGCCUAUUCCGAUGAUGACGAUGACGAUGAAGACAAAGAUGUUGAAGAAAAUUGGGAUGUUGAUGAAAAGACGGCUCAUUCAGAAGAAGAUGAACCAGAAGAUAAUGAAGAAGAAAAAAAAACAAAAGAGGAUAAGCGUAAGAAAGAAAAAAUUGAUCGUAAAAGUAAUGAUCGCGAAGAAAUAAAAGAUGUUGAGAAUAAUAGAGAAGAAGAUAAAAUAAAACAUGAGAAAGAAGAAGUUAAUGAAGGUGAUGAAGAAAAAGAAGUAAAAAUAAAAGAAGAGGUUGGAGAUCCUGAUGAUACACCAAACAGUAGACGUGAAGGUGGCAGGCGUUUUAUUAAACUAAGUUGUCCACAUUGUUCUCAUCGCAGUGUUACAUUUAAAGACUAUUCAUUGCAUUUAUACUCCGGGCGUCAUAAUACGGCAAUGAGACGGAUUGCAGCACGUCAUAAGGCUAGUUUAGCGCGCAUGCGAGUUCUUCAACGUCAGGAACAACGACGACAUGAAGCACGCGAAGCCGCGCGUGGUACAUUGCCAUCACGUACAAUGUUUUGUCAAAUUUGUAAACUUAAUUACCGUUCAUUAAAGGCCGUACAUCAUUCAUCUGACUCACAUCGUCAGAUUAAAAGGUUCCUUACGCCGUUCUGUCGUGUCUGUAGAAUGCAGUUCCGAUCGCCGAUGCUUUUUGAAACUCAUGCUUGUUCACUUGAUCACAUUAAGCGAAAGAGUCUUGUAGAUGAGAAAAAAAGUGCCGGUACUGCAGAAGCUGAUGGAGAUUCAAGUGCGAUGGAAGAUGAUGAUAAAGAUCAUAAUCUUGAAAACUUUAUGACAUUAGAUUCUGUUGGAGAUGUCGAUGCUGAAGAAGAUGAAGAGUCGGCGGAUAAAAAGAAAAAAGAUAAACCAGAUACUGAAAAUCCAGCAGAGACGGAAAAAAAACCUAAACAUAAACAAAUGAUUAAAGUAGGAGUUGAGUAUAUUAAAACUGUUGAAGUUCAGUUUUGUGAUCUUUGUAAAGUAUAUCUUCCACGUAAUGAAAAUUCCGAAAGAGCGCUAGCUCUUCAUUGCUCAACUAGAAGCCAUCUUAAACGUUAUGUUCGUGAUAAUGAUGAUAAAGCGUUGCGACGUCAAGCAGAACGUAUUCAUCUUCAAACUUCAACAACUACAACAAAUAAUGUCACAGCAAAUUCAAUAAAUUCAUUGGAAAAUGUUAAAGCAUCUCCGACAAAUAACCCCCAGCCAAUUAUUACCAGUAUUAGUAAUGUGUCUGCUAAUUCCGAAACAUCUGUUGAAAGUAGUGUUGGUAUUGGUAGUAAUAGUGGGCAAGCCAGUGAACAAAAUCAAAAUUCGUUAGAAACUGAUGUUACUUUGGCUUCAUCAAAGCCAAGUAAAAUUCAAGAAGAAGAAGAUGAUUAUCCUAACGACGGCGAUAAACUUUGGGAUGAUGUUGAUAAAGACCUAGGGGAUAUUUUACGUGAAGUGGAGCCUGGUAAAUCAAGUGAUGAUGAAGAUACACGGUAUGACAGAUUCAAAAAUACAGAUAAAAAGGCACAGCAUAAUAAAGAUAAAAAUUCGGAAGAAAUUGAUGAUAAUAAUAAAAAAAAUGAAGUUAAAAUUAAAGUUGAAACAACUGAUGAUUAAUUUUUAAUAUUUCUUUUUCUUUUUUAUUUUUUUAUACUCUGAAUUUUUUCAUUUUAUUACUUUUAAGUGAUGAAUUCAAUCAAUUUAAAAUCCUUUAAAAGUUAAGUAAAUUGUUAAUAUUAAAAGUUAUUGAUAACUAAAAAUUAAUCGGCUUAAUUGACAAUGUCUUUGUGCAGAAUAUAAAUAUGUAUUACAUCACUCUAUUGUAAUAAUUAAAAAAGAAUGCAGUAAUUGCUUGAAAAAGAAUAAUUUGAGUUUGAAUGACAUGAUUUUAUUUAAAAGAUUUGUAAUUUUUGUGUCAAUAUUUUUCAUAGUAAUUAUUAUUGAUAGAAAUUAUUAAAAUUAUUUUUCAAUAGUUCUAAAAAUACUUUAUGUACAAAAUAAUUACGUUUAAUAAUUUUUUAUAAUAACCGUGUGUCAUUUAAUAAAUAAUUAC